AUGAUAUUGAAGAGAAAUCUUGAUGUUGAAAUAAUGGACUAUUCCAUUCACCAUAUCAAUGCUACCAUCAAGCCUACCAGUGGCCCCUCUUGGCUUUUUAUUGGUUUUUAUGGCAGCCCUUAUGAUACUCCAAGUAAACUUCACUCUUGGAAAUCCUUGGAAACAACUGCUACCAAUCACUCCCUCCCUUGGUUGGUCAUUGGGGAUUUCAUUUUCAUCUUGCAUGAUAAUGAAAAAUACAGUAUUCAACCAUUGGAUAGUGUAGAAGCUAAUAUCUUUAGUAACAAAAUUGUGGACUUGGAUCUAAUUGACUUAAGAAGUACAGGCUGCCCCUUCACUUGGUCCAAUAAGAGAAGUGGUCCUGCUCUCACUGAGCAGAGAUUGGAUAGAGGUCUUGCCACUGAAUCCUGGCUUCUCUUAUAUCCAAACUCCACUAUCACUAUUCUUCUAGCAAUUGGAUCUGAUCACCACCCCAUUCUUCUUAACACUAAUCCUCAUUGGUGUACUGGUAAGAUUCCUUUCAAGUUCUUUGGUCCCUGGUUGGACCAUAAGGACUGUAAGGAUAUUGUUCUGGAAUAUUGGCAAAGAAAUCUGUCUGGUUCUAGUGAUUUCCUCAUUGCUAGAAAACUCAAAGACAUUAAGCUGAAACUUAAAGUUUGGAACAAAGAAGUGUAUGGCAACAUAAAGUCAAAUAUUGAAGAAAGUAAGCAACAUCUACAUUGGCUACAAGAAAACUACUUCAAGAACAACAAAGGUGAAGCUUUAAAAACUGCAAAUCAAGUUCUCAGAGAAUGGCAAGACAUUGAAGAAAAAUUCUGGAAGAAAAAAAGCAGAGAUCAAUUCAUCAAAUUGGGGGAUAAGAAUACAAGUUAUUUCCAUAAAACUACAAAAUGCAGAUUAAGAAGAAACAAUAUAGAUUCUAUACAAGACAGUACUGGAAAUUGGAUUGAGGAUUACCAAGAAAUAAAACAAUGUUUAACCAACCAUUUUUCUAAGAUGGCUACUGCUUAA